AUGGAAGAUAUCCCCAAGUGGGAUUUUGGGCAACAGCCCAAGGGAAUAAAUCCGGUCCCGGCGGAUUUUAUUCCCUUCUUUUCCACCACCGGGAACACUCGUGUCGACGCCGACAAGAUCUCGCUCAGUUUUGACUUGGCUGCUCCGACAUCUCGCACUCGAGGUGCGGCUUGGGAUCGUGUCCCAACGCUUUCCACUGCAAAUGGGAAGAACCGCUCGAUCAUGAAGCGAGUUCCCAUUUGCAACGAGCGCAAGCAACCUUCACCUUUCACGAUCCUUCCUCAGGUCAAUUUUGUGAUCCCAAACACCCGCGAAUCCAUCGCUUUUGACGAACUUCUCCCUCGCAAGGUUCGACGUGGUUCCAAGUACGAGCCUAUCUCUAGUGAAGCGGCCUACUCGGGCAACGCCAUGAGCCAUGCCUUCAUGGUUAGCGAACUCAUGGUCGCAACCACAAACGUCGCCAACAACUUCAUGUACACCUCCUCCUGCACUUCCUACGAAGACCGACGAGCUGCCCGCAACGGUAUCUGCCAGAUUACCCCCUUCAAGCGACGCGCCGAUGUUCACAACAACAAGCCCGACGUUCCUAUCAUGCUUACUCCCACCGGUGGUAACAAGCUUGGCUUUUACUACAAGGUCCUCCCUAUGAUCAAGCGAGCCUACUCUCGUGGUAUGAAGGAGGUUGAUCUUGCUACUGCUUCUAUGACCGCGCUCGGUUCUACCCUGCGACGAGGCCGCCGAAACCCUCGCCAGCCACUUGCUGCCUUUGGUGGUUCAGAUCUUUCUGACAUCAUUGACGAAUCCGAACCCGAAAGCCCUACCGUCGUUCGUGAGCCUGUCCUCAAGUUUGAGUCCCGUUCGCCAGCCAAGCGUAUCGCUCGACUUACAAACCCAUUCUCCAAGUCCACCCCUCGUGGCAACCGUCUUGCUCAAGGUUUUGUCAAGCUUGUUCCUGGCCUUUCUCGUGGAGGUUUCUCUACUCCCGUCAAGUCACGAUCUUCUCCUGUCCCCCAGACUGCCAGCCCUGUCCAUGACUACGCUGUUGCUUCCCUUCAGUACUCCCCCGCUGCAUCUGAUGACGAGGAUUAUGCUUCUCCUUCCAAGGAAGGCUCACCUGAACCUGCCGAAGACCUGUCUUCUCUUCUCAGCCCCGGUCGCACUUUCCGCGUUCCAUCCGAGUUUGACUCUUCUUCUAUUAAUGGUGAUGAGAGCACUCGAGGUCCUCCCUCCACCCCCAACAAGUCCCCUGUGAACCACUUUCGUCCCAUCGGUCCCACUCCCUCUCGUUGGAACCGAGACGAGCCCUCUACCCCGUUCACACCCGUGCCCCAGACUGCUACUGCUGCUACUCCCGGCGAGACUGACAGCCCUAUUGGCCUCUAUGCUCUGCUUCCAGACACCCCCAAGGCCCCUGCCUGCACCUACGAGACCCUCAGCGGUACUGACUCGAUUGACUUUGGCGGUGCAUCAGCUUUCGAAAGCUCUCUCUCUUGGAUGAACACUUCUGCCCAAGCCACUGAACAAGCUCGUUCUCAGAUUGUCAACCAAUCUCGUCGUCGCCGCAGUGAGCCUCUUCUCAUCAAGUCUGUCUUGAACCAAGCUCGUCGCCGAUCAGCUUCUCCCCAAAAGCUCCGAUUCAAGGCCGAUGACACCUUCCAGGACGUUAUUUCUAUCGCGUCGCUGUUCGACAUUCCUACUUCUCUUGAUGACACCGACCUUGCUCCUGUUCAGACUGUCGACACACCCGACGCUAUUGUCUCUGAUGAAAUUACAAUGGAAGAACCUGCACCCAUUGAACCCAUCCAUGACACCAACGUCGCUCCUGUUGAGUCUGCACCUGAAUCCAUCCAGACUGAGUCUGUCGAGAACGAAUCCACCGAUGAUGGUGCUGUCUCUGAGAUUCUGCCUAUUGAGGCUGUUCAUGACACCAAUGCUAGUGACGCUACCGCUGUUCACGAUGAAAUAACAGAUGGCCCUGAACCCAUUGCCGUCGCUGAUCACGACAACGUCGCUGCUGAUGUCAACGAUGCUGAAGUUGAUGAACAAAUGGAAGACUCUGUACCCAUUGCCACCGACAACGACAACGUUGACGAGAUCAUCGAUGAACCUCCUAUCAACGAGCAGUCCAUCGUCCAGAUCGAUGUGCGAGAGAAUCCAGAUAUCUUUGGCGCUAACCCUUCAUCUCCCCCCGCUCCCAUUCAGAGCUUGUCUCGCAUGGCUAAUGAUGCUUGUAAUGGCCUCGCUAAUGUCGUCGUCACCGAGGAGGACGGCAGACUCUUUGUCCGAUUUAAGUUGUCGGCCGAGCACGCCCACAUGUUCCCAGCCAGCCAGGGUUUCGAGGACAAUGAUCUUACAUUUUCACCAUCAGCGUUGGCGACCACUCCCAAGACUAAGACCAUCUCUCAUCAAGAGGACUCCGAUCUCACAUUCUCUCCGUCUGCAUUGGCAUCCACCCCGAAUACCAAGAGCAACACUCGCCCACUUGCAUCUACGCUUCAGUCUAACUCUUCUCCUGUACCAUUUGCUACGCCGGAAUUGCCGCCGUAUUACGAUAAUACACUAGUAUUUGGAUCGCCUCCUGUCGCUACCACUCCUCGGCCUACAUCUACCCAGCGUGUGACACGCCGCCAAAGCGCGAUGAUUCCUCUCAAGAGAGCUACUACCAAUGCUUUGGAAGCUGCGAAUCGAACGCCUGCUGAGACCACUGAACCUAACCACACGACACCUAAGUUCGAGAGUUCGGUCUUCACGAAUGACGAUACUACUAUUGUCUUUCCCUGGCCAGAUGUAGAGGAUAGCCCUGCUCGAUCCCGACCACGAACCCAGGCUGCUGCUCCUGUCACCGAGCCCGCAACACCCAAGUUUGCAACGCCAGCUGCUGAUAACGCUGAUGAAACUCUUGCUGUUUCAUUGGCAGACGUUGAGGAUUCUCCCAUCCAGUCGAACACAAGUACUGGAAUUGUCCCUGCAGAGGAAAGCCCGAAUCGCGCGUUUAUGCGUGACUUCAUCAGACAGACCCGACAGCCCACUACCACAGAGUCUGGCUCUCCCACCACUCCCGCUGCGACCCGAAAGCCUCUCGGAGACAGAAGCCCUAACAGGGGUACCCCGUUGAUGGCCAAGCGCAAGCACGAGGAUGAGGACGAGGAAGAUGACAAGCCUUCGCCCAAGAAGGCCAAGGUCGAGGCCACACCCAAGGGCAAGGCUGCCCGAAUGAAGUCAAACCUCACCAUCGACAUGGUCGACCUCCCCGAGACUCAGGACACAGAGUCGUCGGUUCCCACCCCCGGCGAUACCGCCAACGCCCAGGCCGUAUCCCCUCCCCGCCGGUCCUCACGCCUCCGAGCGACCGGUGGGCCCAAGUCUUCGCUCCCAACCCCAAUCAAGCUCUCUCGAGCUGGGGCCGGGCGUGCUUCCUUGACGCGGAAGCCACGCUCGGAGGAGCAGGAGUUGGACCGCAAGACGCGGUCCAACACCAAGAAGAACAUGGGCGACGCUGAGUCCCCGGCCGAGGUCCUGACUAGAAUCAAGGACCAGUCCGAGGAGGACUCGGACGUCGGAGAGGGAUCGGCCGGCGGGCGACGCGUGGGGUGGAAGGACCCCUUGGAGAAGAUCCAGGGGUCAAGCCCCAAGAAGAAGGCGACCCGGAGCAAGACUGGGGUGACAAAGCCCAAGGCGACGCGGGCUGCCAAGGUGGCGGAGGGACCCAAGUCCCAACGCGUGACGCGAUCUCGCGCACGCGGUGGGGCUUGA